CACAAGGGCAUGAUAUACUUCCAGUGAUCUUUUUUCAUCUUUUCUUACCCCUUAUAGCUUUGUAUACACUUCAAGGUCAUUGAAUAACUGACUACCACGCUCUCUGAGCAAGAUAUGACCGGAAAUGGCUUGCUAGUGUGGUUUCUUGUAUUAGUUGUUUCUGCGGUUAGUGCCUUUGACCCAGUCCCGGACAAAGGAGAAAAUGUUUGUUCGUACGAUAGACACAGGUACGAGUUUGCCAUGCGCAGAAACGUGACGUCACUGAAGAGAAUAGAUAUCGUGAGCUGUGGGUUGCCGGGAAGCCCCGACAUGCAGUGCGAACAGAUCAGGUAUGAAACAACGGUUAGUUGGUUCCCAGUUCGCCGCAGACUUCACUUCCGAGUAUUUAACUGUUGCCCAGGGUGGCGUGGGUACGAGAAAGGCAAAGGCUGUAAAGAAGAGAUUCCAUGUGAAGUGAGUCUCCCUCAGAAAGCACCCCAUCACUGCCGCAUCAAGCGAGCCCAGGGCCUCACGGCACGACAAGGGCUGUACAAACUGGGUUCUUUGGCGGGCCUUCCCUUUGCCCUAGGAGACAUGGAGGCGAUGAAACUGGUCAACAUCAGUCUUGCAGACCCGUUCACAAAUAGAUGGAUGAGUCUCUAUAUUCAUAUGUUGAGGAAGAACCUUAAGCUGAUGACGGAAUUUGUUAAAACGGAACGCAAGGAGUUCACCACAUACAAGGAGUACGAGGACGUAUAUUACUACUUCUUGAAUCAGAUACAAGAACCCAUGCAGCUGCGGAGGUAUUUCCGCUUCCCGUACGACACGUUACCUUUUAAAAGCACCAUCAACAAUCACACGUGGAGAGAAGAUCAAGUGUUUAGCGAGAUGAGACUUGCAGGGCUUAACCCCAUGUGCCUCACUAAAGUGACCGGUGACCACGAAUCAAACGGAGUGAAAUGGUCAGAACUAAGAAGACGCCUGAACCCGCAGUUCGAUUGGGAAAAGAUGCUACAAGUCGCGGCGAGUCGAUCUGCGCCGGUCUCUAUGAUCAUCAACGAUGGGUCAGUGUUCGUGUGCCAAUUCCCCGAGUUCGAUAACUUACCCACCGUCCCUGAUAUCAUGGAACCCAGAUCAUUUCGGCGAAUGUGGAAGCCGAAGUCGCCGAUAGCGCUAUUCAUGUCCCGACCAGGGAGGGGUGGGGAGGCACAGGUUGUACCAUUGGCUAUACAGCUGGACAGUGUACCAGAUUCUCCGGUAUACACCCCUGAAGACGGUGACCUGUGGACUUUAGCAAAAGAGUCAUUUGAAGUAACGGACUACGCUUAUGUAGAAAUGGUGGAACAUCUACUCAAAACUCACCUAAUGAUGGAGCCCUUCUGCGUGACGAUAAAACGCCAUCUUGCGACCGACCACCCACUGCAACAAAUCCUAAGAUAUCACUGCAGGGGGUUGUUGCCCACGAACAAGAUCGGUUUGCCCAAGCUUGUAGACGACAAGGCGUACAUGCACCAGCUCUUUGCUAUCGGUAAUUCAGGAGCGGUGCAACUCCUCGUGCGGGCGUACAUGACGAUGACGUGGAAAGACACAGACUUCCGGGGGAAGAUAAGGGCCAGAGGCAUGGACGAUACAGACAAUGUACCUUACUUUCCGUAUCGCGACGAUGGCGAGCUGAUCUACGCGGCUAUCGAGAAAUUUGUCGGCGGUUAUCUCAAUCAUUACUAUGGCAACGAUAGAGACGUCGAAGAUGACCAUGAGCUGCAGGCGAUGGCGAAUGAGAUGUCCGCAUCCGGGAGGGGCGUGGACGGGGGAAAAGGCAAGCUUCGCGGUUUCCCCGCGCAUAUCUCAAGCAUUGCAGAGCUCCAGGCGGUCCUUACUCGUCUAAUAUGGACCAGCAGUGGGCAGCACGCCGCGGUUAACUACGCCAUAAGCGCAUAUGGCGCCUACACUCCAAGCAUGCCGACAAAGAUUUACGACGACCAACGUAUCGCUAACGACAAGUUUGACAUCAAACGACUUCCAAACGCCAAUUUAGCAGCGGUACAAGCUGGUGUCGCUAUGAGUCUUGGGUCCCUUCACCUCGAUGACUUGUUCGACUACGGCACGGGUCUCCGUGACAAACCGGCACGUGAUCUCGUCCAAGAAGCUUUCAAAUAUCUGACGGAAGUGAUUAGACCUGCCAUGGACGCGCGCAACCGGAAGCGACUACAAGACGGCCAUCUGACCUACCCUUUUCUAACCCCAGGAUGGGUCCCUAAUAGCAUAUGUACCUAGACAGGGGCCGUGAUGCGGUGGUUAAUAGAGGACCUUUACUCUCAAAGUCCAUAGUAUGGUUGUUGUUUUAUUUAGAAGUCUAUUUCUCAUUGGCCAAGAAGCUAAAUUGUGAAGAAAAUCUUAAUAAAAGUUAUCAUUCGACACGGGA